UAUUCAACCAACAACCAUGGUUGUCCUGCCGUCGUUGUCGUUCACAACACUGGGGAAAGCAUUGACAUUGACAUUGGCGCUGGGGGCAGCAUGUCUGAUUACAGCAACAGCAGCACAAGAAGAUCCACCUGUAACGACGUCGGACAUCAGCACCCUUCGAAACAUGAAUUUGACUCUCCGAGUUGGCGCCGCAGGUUUUCCGCCACUGGUGUAUCAGGCCGACACUGAUAGGUGGAAAACAAGCCCCGCUUCAGCGCAGCUCAACACAACACUGGCUGGGUUCCAAAUAGAUCUCCUCGCAGCCCUUCAGAACAUUGCAGCUCGAGAAGAAUUUGGAAUCAACCUUUCAUUCGACAUUGAGUAUGGCACAGCCUUGAUAGGAGCUGGGGUUGUCUUCAAUCUGCUCGCCAGCGACUGCUACAACAGCACGGAUGCUCAACGGGGGCGAUACAACACCACCGACUGUGGAAAGUAUGAUAUUCUAGCUGGGGCUCUCUUCCCUAGCCCAGAACGGACGCGUCGCGCCGAUUUUUCUCCAGCAAUCUUUUCCGACUACGUCGCCGCCAUUCGAUAUGAAAAUGGAGCAGCAGGCCUCUCCAGCUUUGACAGUGUGAUGCAGGCAAAUGGCACCGUUUGUACCCAAUUCAUCCAGCGAAAGUCCCUGGUCCAUGCCCUCUACCCCAAUUUGACUUUUAUAGAGUGCCAGAGUGGCGGCACGGAUAGUACCCGUGAAUGUAUUGAAAUGCUCAAAGCUGGCCAAUGUGACCUCCGCGUGGGCCGGGCCAUAUACUUGAAAUACGAUGCCUUGCUGGACCCAACACUCAUCGAGACGCAAGAACAAAUCCAGCGCAACUUUGUUACGUGGCCCUUGCGGUACGAUUUGGAUCCAUCCAUACGACACAUGAUAAAACAAUGGAUCUACAUUGCGGUGGCGGAGAGCGAGGUGGAGCGGAUCUACAAUAGAUAUUUCACCUACCAACAGUGUCCGUUGGGGUAUGCAGGACAAGACUGUCAAGACUACUGCCAUCCAACACACGGUCGGGCUGAUCGGCACGGAAAAUGCAUCUGCAAUUCGAUACAAUAUACGGGCGUGGAUUGCGCUAGCGAGGUCUCGCAUGAUCCUGGAUUGAUCCCUUCCUACCAAUUAGUUCUGGGGUAUUGCAUGUUUGCGAUCAAUGUUGGAGUGGUCUUAGCCUGUGCUGUAUGGCUGCAUCGCAACCGGGCUCGUCCACGAGUGGUAAUGGCGCAGCCUGCUCUGCUGGCCCUCAUUCUCGUGGGCUGCAUCAUCAGUUCCUCAACAAUAGUGGCAAUGAUGCAGGAAGCUGCGCCCGGACAAACGGUACAUCAUUGCAUGCUUAUCCCAUGGCUCUACUCAGUUGGGUUCUCGGUGACGUUUGGAACGCUCUUUGCUCGGAUCUAUCGCGUCCAAAAGAUCGUACUAAAUGCCACACAAAUGCGCAAAGUCAAAGUCACAACGUUAUCGGCCAUUCGAUGGAUUGCUCUGGUCCUGGUCGUCGACAUGGCCAUUCUUUCCACUUGGCAGGUUGUAGACCCCAUGUCUUGGAAGCGUUCGGUGGUCCUACAGGACAAAUUUGGAACAGCCCUGGAGAGCGAGGGAUACUGCCACUCCAAACAUUGGAAGUGGUUCAUUGGUGCUAUUUGCACCUUUCACUUCAUUCUGCUUGCCGUGGGAUCUUUCAUGUGCUACUUGUCGAGAAAAUACCCAGCAGAAUUGAGUGGAGCACAUGGUACUUCAGUUGCUAUGGUCAUGAAUCUACAGACAUUUGUGAUUGGAAUACCCGUGCUGCUUCUUGUUGGCACCGACCCAAACACCAGCUUUUUCCUCAGGACUGCCAUUAUAUGGAUAAAUGAUCUGGUGGUGGUUGCCGUGGUAUUUGGGGAACUUGUGUUUGCGAAAGCAGAAGCGACCCCUGUUGGAGAACUCCUUCGAGCAGUGAGCGCAAUUCCGCACCAGAAUUCGCAAAGAAGUUUGAGCACCGUCGACUCGAGACGGACCGCCGACUCAAGACGGACCGCCAACUCAAGACGGACGCAGUCGAGGAGACUUACCAGCAGACUUACCAGCAGAUUUUCACUCGGUACUACUGUACACGACUAAUAUCUCACAAGAUGGGAGCUCAGAAUUGUUUGCCCUUGCGACCAAAAUGCAACAAAAAGGAAGCCCAGAAGUGUUUGCCCAUGAGGGUCUCCGUGAUUGAGUUUUGUUGCGCCAUUGGAGGUUGACGCUACAGUUAUUCAGAGGAGGCAGGGGCCAAAGACUUCCAUCUCUUCUCCCGCGUUCAGCACCUUUUUGUGCUGGAGCCCUACACCAAUACUUCCAGCGGUCUAUUCAAGUGGUGACUCAGUCAAGGUCAUGUUGGUCUUUCAUUCUUGGAGUGAUGCAUUUCAGGGCCUCCACCACCUCACCUCUGUGGGCCAUACCCAAUGAAGACCGAAUGCCAUUGUCUCCUGCUCUAUCGCCUCCUGGAUUGAAGAUUGACAUGGAUAUCGUUCCCUGUGUUCGAACAUUUUCACCAACACUUUGAGCGGUCUUCGAGGCCCUUUCGGAUCCCUGGGUUGUAAAAGAGAUUGCAUUGGCUCCCUGUUCUGCCUUCAUCCUCAUUGUGCUGAGAUCCAGGUCCAAUUGGCAACGUCUCGUGUGGAUGUGGCUCUGUACAGCAAGAUUUGGUUGUGCCUUGCCUUUGCCCAGUGGAAGAUGUUUGCCGAUUGGGUCUGGCCCCACUGAGGUCACGGUCGGUGAUCAAUGGAAGCAGGGUGGUGUGGAAGUUGCCUAUACCGGUACCCGUUGGGCUGCAGAUUUCUGUCCCACUAGCUACAUGUACGACGAUGUUGGAUGGAUGGCACAAGGAUUGCUCUCUGUGCUGGUACUCCAGUUCCAAUGCUUUGAUAUAUCUUUCCAAUUCUUCCAUCCACCGUCAACGUACAAAUCGACCGCGCGACACUACAAAACCCUCUUUGCGUCUCCGCUCAAGAAUCAUCUGUUAUAAACAAGAGCUAUAGAUCAAAUCCAUGAUCCAUAACUUUCAAUAAUCAUGCUAAGCAAAAGUUUG